AUGGAAGGAGUUAAUAUUAAGGCGCCCCAGCCCAGAGAUGAGAGGGGAGGAAAACCAACCAACAGAAAAGACUUUAUGGACCUGAUUUUGGAGUUAAGGCAAAAAGGAAAUAUUGAAGGAAAAAACUUUGGCGAUGAUAAGUUGAAUUCAGUUGAGCUGACUGAAAGUGUAAUUGCGGCUCAGUCGUUUGUAUUCUACGUGGGUGGCUAUGGAACUAGUGCAACCACAAUUACCUACAUGCUAUAUGAGCUUGCAAAAAAUCCACAUAUUCAAGACAGAGUUGUAGCGGAAAUCGAUGAAGUUUUGGCACGAUACAAUGGUGAAAUAAGCUAUGAAGCUUUAAGUGAACUAACUUACAUGGACCAAACGUUCAGUGAAACUCUUCGAAAAUACCCGAUUAUAGAUCCUCUACAACGAAACGCACAGAGUGACCUUAAGCUCCCAGGCACUAAUGUUACUAUUAGAAAGGGUCAAACUGUGCUUGUGCCACUGUGGGCGAUCCACCGUGAUCCCAAAUACUAUCCCAAUCCAGAAAAAUUCGAUCCCGAAAGGUUUUUGCCCGAAAAUGAACAAAACAGGCAUCCCUGCGCUUAUAUGCCCUUUGGUACCGGACCCAGAAAGUGUAUUGGAACGCGAUUUGCCAAAGUCCAAUCCAAGGUGUGCAUCACGAAGCUAUUGUCAAAAUUUCGAGUGGAGCCAUCCAAGAACACAUUGAUUAAAAUGAACUACGAUCCAAUGCGUUUAAUAAUUAGUCCCGCUGGAGGAAUUCCGUUAAAUAUUGUACGACGCAAA